AUGGAGCAACGUGAUCGCGCUAUGAAUAUUGAGAUCGAGAAUAGAGAGAUAAAGAAUGAAAUUGUUUCCGAUUACGUUAUUGCAAUAGGCAAAUACACGGGAAUAGUUAUAUCUGCAGAGGACUUUAUUUAUGCCCAUCGUGUUAUGUCACGUGACAGGGACAAUAAAUCACCAAAAAAUAUUGUGGUUCAACUAAAAUCAAUCCUCUAUGCUGUACAUAGAGUCAAUGACCAUGAUGAUGACGUUGACCAUGACGAUGUCGAUGAUGAUGAUGAUGCAGAUGACGAUGAAGAUGAUGAUGACAAUGAUGGUGACGAAGACGAUGACGAUGAUGAUGACGAUGACGAUGAUGAUAACGAUGACGAUGACGAUGACGAGAGUGAUGAUCACGUUGUCAAAGACGAAGACGAUGAAGAUGAAGAUGACGAGGAAGAUGACGAUGAUAAUGACGAUGAUAAUGACGAUGAUAAUGACGAUGAUAAUGACGAUGAUAAUGACGAUGAUAAUGACGAAGAAAAUGACGAUGACGUUGCCGUUGACCAUGACGUUGAUGGUGACGAUGAUGAUGAUGACAAUGGCGAUGACGAUAUGGAAGACGAUGACGAAUGCGAUAUCGAUGAUGAUAAUGUAGAUGUUGACCAUGAAGAUUACGAUGACGAUGACGAUGACGAAGAUGAUGACAAUGACGAUGACGAUGACGAUGAUGACAUUGACGAAGACGAAGACGAUGACGGUGACGAUGUUGAUGACGAUGACAAUGACGAUGAUGAUAACGAUGACGAAGAGGACGAUGACGAAGAUGAAGACGAAGACGAUGAAGACGAAGACGACGAUGUCGAUGACGACGACAUUGACGGUGACGAUGAUGAUGACGACGACGAUGACGAUGAAGAUGACGGCGAUGAUGAUGGUGAUGACGAUGAUGAUGACGAUGACGAUGAUGAUGAAGAUGACGACGACGAUGACGAUAAUGAUGACCACGUUGUCGAAGACGAAGACGAUGAAGAUGAAGAUGACGAUGUCGGUGACGAUGAAGAUGACGAGGAAGAUGACGAUGAUAGUGACGAUGAUAAUGACGAUGAUAAUGACGAAGAAAAUGACGAUGACGUUGCCGUUGACCAUUACCUUGAUGGUGACGAUGAUGAUGAUGACAAUGACGAUGACGAAUGCGAUAUCGAUGAUGAUGAUGAAGACGUUGACCAUGAAGAUUACGAUAACGAGGACGAUGACGAAGAUGAUGACAAUGACGAUGGCGAUGAUGACAUUGACGAAGACGAAGACGGUGACGAUGUUGAUGACGAUGACAAUGACGAUGACAAUGACGAUAAUGAUAACGAUGACGAAGAGGACGAUGACGAUGAUGAAAACGAAGAUGGUGACGAUGAUGAUGAAGAUGAUGAUGACGAUGUCGAUGACGACGACAAUGACGGUGACGAUGAUGAUGACGACGAUGAUGACGAUGAAGAUGAUGACGAUGAUGGUGGUGAUGACGAUGAUGAUGACGAUGAUGGUGGUGAUGACGAAGACGAUAACGAUGAUGAUUACGAUGAAGAUGAUGAUUACGAAGAUGAUUACGAUGAUGAUGAUGAUGAUGACGAUGAUAAUGAUAAUAACCGUGACUUUGAUGGUGACGAUGAUGAUGACAAUGACGAUGAAUCUGUCGAUGACGAUGACGAUGAAGAUGACGAUGAUGAUGAAGAUGAAUAUGACAAUGACGAUUUCGCUGACGACGAAAAUGACGGUGACGAUGAUGAGGAAGAUGACGAUGACAAUGACGAAAAUGACGGUGACGAUGAUGAAGUAGAUGACGAUGACGAUGACGGUUAUGGUGAUGACGAUGAUGAUGACAAUGACAAUAACGAUGUCGAUGAUGAUGACAAUGACGAUGUCGAUGAUUACGACGAUGAUGACGAUGAAGAUGAUGACAAUGAUGGUGGUGAUGACGAUGAUGAUGACGAUGACGAUGACGAUGAUAAUAACGAUGACGAUGGCGAUGACGAUAGUGAUGAUCACGUUGUCGAAGACGAAGACGAUGAAGAUGAAGAUGACGAUGACGAUGAUUACGACGAUGACGUAAAGAUGACAUAG